GUCUGUGCUAACCGCCGCCGCCGUCAGCCACAGUCUUGUUUUCUGUAACAUAAAAACUUGUUUAACCUAGAACGAUUACUAAUAAAUAUGUGUCUGUAGCUUAGAGGACAAGCAUAUUAUUCCAAUGCAAUUAUUUCGUGUGUUAUUUACAGUGUUGUGUUAACGAUAAUUAGUGAAUUGUGAAAAUUGGAUUGGAAUUUAGCUGAAGCAUACCGCUGCCCAAUAACUAAGUUGGGCCGAACUAUGAGCUUGCUGUCUGCCCCGGGAGUGACGCAGAGCAGCGCAACAUGACACAACGUGAGGACGCGCUCAAAUUCGAGCAGGGCCGCAUCAAGGCGCUCCAAGAGGAGCGACUGCACAUACAGAAGAAGACAUUUACGAAAUGGAUAAACUCGUUUCUUCAGAAGGCACGCAUGGAGGUCGACGACCUGUUCACCGACCUAGCGGACGGGAGGCGGCUGCUGAAAUUGCUCGAGAUCAUCAGCGGAGAGCGGUUACCGCGGCCAAACUCCGGCCGGAUGAGGGUGCACAAGAUCGAGAAUGUCAACAAGAGUCUCAGCUUCCUGCACACCAAGGUUCGCUUAGAGUCGAUCGGAGCUGAGGACAUAGUGGACGGCAACCCUCGCCUGAUUCUCGGCUUGAUAUGGACCAUCAUCCUGCGGUUUCAGAUACAGGAGAUUGAGAUUGAUGUCGACGAAGAGAAUGAGUCGUCGGAGAAGAAGUCUGCUAAAGACGCGCUGCUGCUGUGGUGUCAGCGGAAGACCAGCGGCUACCACGGCGUCAAUAUACACAACUUCAGCGACUCGUGGCGCUCCGGACUCGGGUUCAACGCCCUCAUACACGCGCACAGGCCGGACCUGUUCCGCUGGUCGGAGGUGCCCGUGACUGAACAUGUGGAGACCCUCAACCAUGCGUUCGACGUCGCUCACAAACACCUCGGCAUUCCGCGUCUGCUCGACGCCGAAGACGUGGACAUUAGUCGGCCUGAUGAGAAGUCAGUCAUAACGUACGUAGCGAGUUACUACCACACCUUCGCGCGAAUGAAGAAUGAGCAGAAGAGCGGAAGGAGAAUAGCUAAUAUAAUCGGUCAGCUGAUGGACUGCGACGGUCGCAAAGAGGAAUACAGCAGACUUAUCCUCGCGUUGCUGGAGUGGAUCCGCAUGAAGAUACAGGAGCUGAACGGCAGGGAGCUGCCCAACUCCCUGGACGGCAUCCAGCGGCUGCUGCUCGCCUUCAAGCAGUAUAGGACAGUGGAGAAACCGCCCAAAUACAAGGAGCGAUCGGAGAUCGAAGCGCUAUACUUUGACAUCAACACCAUGCAAAAAAGCUUAGUCGGCGAACCUUGGUCUCCACUCGAGGGGCAACUGUUGCAAGACCUGGAGAGGGAGUGGCAGCAACUGGAACAGGCUGAACACGCGCGAGAAAUAGCCUUGAGGACUGAACUCCUGAGACAGCAGAAACUGGAACAGCUCAACUAUAAGUUUAAUACGAAGUCCGUCCUUCGCAAAGGUUACCUGAAGGAGAUGGUGCUCGUGCUGUCAGACCCUCGCUACGGCUCCAACCUGGCGCAAGUGGACGCCACGGUGAAGAAACACGAAGCCAUCUCCGCUGAUAUUCUUGCCAGGACGGAGCGUUUCGACGACUUAUCGGCCAUGGCCGCGGAGCUCAUCCGCGAGAAUUACCACGGUGCGGAAGCUGUGUCGAACACAGAGAAGGCCGUGUUGCAGCGCUGGCACUCGCUGCUGGAGUUGCUGGAGCGGCACAGGGCGUCGCUGGCGCGGCUGGCUCAGCUGAUGGCGCUGCUGAGGGAGGCCGACCACAUCGACCACACCCUGACCGAAAUGAAGACUCAUUUCCAAUCGGAAGAGGUCGGUCGCCAUCUUAGCGACGUGGAACGUUUACUACAAGCGCAUGCGCUGCAAGAGUUGCAACUGGGCGCUGUGGACGAGACCAUAAGGAGAUUAGUUCGCCAGGGCGCCGCCACAGAGGGCGCCACGCAACACAAGCAACAGUUGACCCAGCAGCUGACACAGUUGGAGGACUCCUACGUCAGCCUGGUCGCUGCGGCGAAGGACCGCAAAGCGAAGCUGGAAGACGCGCGCAAUCUCUACCAGUUCCUCGAAGACCACGACGAGGAAGAAGGAUGGGUGACAGAUAAACAGCGUAUCUGUCGCGCGGAGGUCGCCGCCAAGGACUUGAGAGGAGUGCUGGCGCUCAAACAGAAGCACACGGCGCUCGUGCACGAGCUCAGGGCCCGCGACCAGGUGGCCCAGCGGCACAGGGCCAAGGGACAAAGUUUGGUCGACGCUAAACACCCGAAGAGCGCGGAAAUAUCCCGCAGACUGAGCUUCCUGAACCAGCAAUGGGACGUGCUCAGAGAGCUGGCAGCGGCGCGGGAGAAGCUGCUAGCCGACGCUGCUGAAGCACACCAGUUCUACGGCGACGCGAACGAAUCGGAGUCGUGGAUAAAGGAGAAGCACGCACUAGUGUCGACGCCCGACUGCGGGCGCGACGCGGCCGAGGCCGGCGCGCUGCUGGCGCGUCACCGGCCGCUGCACGACGAGGUGCGCGCCUACAGCGCCGAGCUCAGCGCGCUCACUGCGCACGCGCAGCGGCUCAAGGCCGCCGGGAUCAACGCCUUGCAGUUGCCCGCUGAGGUGGAAUCGGCCCCAAUUUUGGACGAAGAAGAAUGGGUUAAUGAGUCCAGACUGGUGCCAACCGAAGUGUGGGAGGAGGAGCCGGUGGAGCGACUGGAACACCGCACUGUCACCGAGGAGAGGAGUGUGCCGCAGGUGAAGGCUCUAUAUGCGUUCAGCGGUCAAGGAAUAACGAUGGCGAAGGGCGAGGUUAUGUUCCUGAUCAACAAGACGAACCCUGAUUGGUGGUCGGUGCGCAAGGCAGACCGCGUUGACGGCUUCGUGCCGGCCAAUUACGUGCGCGAGAUCGAGCCUAGGAUUGUACCUGUCCAAGUUCGUCGGCCGGAGAAGAUCCGCACAGUGCAGCGCGUGAAGAAGACGGUGCUGGUGAAGCAGGUGGUGCCGGUGCGGCGCUCGCGGCCGGCCGCACGCCGGCACUCGCGGCCCGCGGCUGCGCCCGCGCCGCUGCACGUCGGCGUCGACGCCAGGAUGAAGGACAUACAGGACUAUUAUGACGAUCUCCUAAGGCUGUCUGCUCAGCGGCGCGCGGCUCUCAAAGAAGCCAUAAAACUAUAUUCAUUCUUCGCGGAAUGCGUGGACUUCGACAAGUGGCUGAAGGACAAGGAGAAGAUGUUGCGAACAGACGACAGCGAGGACAGCGUUGACAACGCCAAGAGGAAAUACGAAAAAUUCGUGACGGACCUCUCAGCGGCGUCCAAGCGUUUGGAGCACAUAGACGCCUCAGCCGAGGAGCUGGUGACCGCGAAGCACCCUCAGGCCGCCAUGGCCACGUCCAGGAGACAACAGCUUCACCAACAGUGGGAGCGGCUAUUGAUGCUCAAACAACAGAAGGAGAAAAGUUUAGAGGGAGCUUCCAGCGUGGAGCUGUUCGGGCGCACGUGCGACGAAGCGCUGGACUGGAUGUCGGAGAAGGAGCAGCAGCUGGCGGACGGCUGCGAGCCCGCCGCGGACCUGCGCACGGUGCGCGCGCUGCAGCGCCGGCACGCGCAGCUCGAGCGCGAGCUCGAGCCGCUGCGGGAGAAGGUGCACACGGUCACUCUGCUAGCCGACGACGUAAAAUCUCAAUAUCCGAGCGAACGUGCAAACGUGGAGCAGCGUCAGAAAGAAAUCCACCGUAUGUGGGAGAGGUGUCAGGCGCAGGCGGCGGAGAGGCGACAGCGGCUCGAGAGCGCUGUCGGACACCAGGUGUUCGGUAACGGGAGUCAGCUACUGAGGGACUGGCUUCAGAGCAUGCAAAGCCAGCUAGCGCAAGAGGCUACGGCCAAGGAUGUGGCAACAGCCGAGUCCCUCCUCAAGCAGCACCAGGAACUGAGGGACGAUAUGAAGGCGCACGACGAUGAAUUCGAUGAAGUGAUAGCGCUGGGCAAACAGCUGCAGGCGCACAACCCAUCGCUGACGGACGUCGCCGAGAGAAUCAAAACCUUGCAGGACGGAAGGGCCGCCGUCGAGAAAGCGUGGCAACAGAAAGAGGGGUAUCUAAAGCAGCUGGUACAGCUGCAGUGUUUUAACCGCGAGGCGGACCAGAUCGACGCGUCCAGCGGCGCCCACGAGGCCUAUCUGGAGUACAAGCACUGCGGGUCGUCCGUAGACGAAGUGGAGGCGCUGUUGAAGCGACACGAAGAGCUAGAAGCGCGGUUAGCGGCGCAGGACGAACGUUUGGUCGGCUUCGAGCAACGUUCGCGAGCAUUAGAAGACAUACCGCAUUACGCCAAAGAACACAUCGUAGCUCGGCGAACUGCCGUGUUGGAUCGGAGGGACGCGGUGCGGAAGACUGUGGCGGACAGGAGGCGUGAUUUGCUGGCCAGCAGGGCUCAUCAUCAGUUCAUUGCGGCCACGGAGGAUUUAGAGGCGUGGAUAGAGGACAAGUCCAGAACAGCUAAAGAUCAGAGCUACAGAGAUUUGGCAAACCUCGAGCGCAAAUUGCAGAAACACGAGGCGUUCGAGCGGGAGCUGCAAGCCAAUGAGAAACAGUUGAGAAACGUUGAGAUUAUGGGGUCGGCGCUGCAGCAGUCGGACGUGGCGCGGGCGUCACUGGUGUCUGCGAAGCUGAGCUCUCUGCAGAACGCGUGGGAGUCGCUGGUGGCCGCGUCCCGGGACAAGGGCAGCAAGCUGCGGCAAGCGGCGCUGCAGAGGAAGCAUCGCAGAGGCAUAGAAGAUGAGAGAACUCGCUUGGCGGAGAUCGAGCGCGCGCUCAAAAGCGAAGAGGUCGGCGCUGACCUGCGCAGCUGCCGGCGGCUGCUGACUCAGCAUCAGGCACUAGAACAAGAGUUAGCCGCGUGCACUCAAAGGGCGGAGGCCCUCCACGACCAGGGUGCUGAGCUGGUGUCCAGCGGACACUUCGACGCUGUGUGCAUUGAGAAGGAGUCCGCUGCGUUACUGGCGGCCACCAGGGCGCUGCAGCCGAUAAACAACCAGCGGAGGGCCAAACUGGAGGCUAGCUUGAGAUUCCACAAGUUCGCGGCGGAGGUCGCGGGCGAGUUGGACUGGAUAUCGGAGCGGCACGCGGGCCUGGCCGCGGACCCGGCCCCGGCCGACCUGCACGCGGCCCAAGUCGCCGUCAAGAAGCACAGCAAGCUCAGGGCUGAGUUAGCCGGCCGCUUGCCGCACAUCGACAAGUUGUUGAAGCAGGCGCGCGAGCGAGCGAGAGAGAGCGAAUCUGACAAGGAUAAGAUCGAAAAUCUAUGCUCAAAUCUGGAGCAGGCGCACGCGGAAGCGUCAGCGGCGGCCGAGGCGCGCGUGGUGCGACUGGAGAACGCACUGAGGGCGCAGCAGGUCAUGCACGACGCCGACGAGGUGGACUCCUGGCUGGCGGACAAGGCUGCGGCCCUGGCCAGCGCUGACGUGGGCCAGCACCGCCACAGGGCGACACAGCUGCUCACCAGACACAAGGCGGUGGAGCUGGAGCUGGACACGUACGCGGCGAUAGUGUCGGAGAUGGGGCACGCGGUGUCGGUGAUGGCGGGCGGCGGACACCCGGAGGGGAAGGCGCUGGUGGCGCGGCAGGCGCUGCUGGCCGCCAGCCUGGCGCGGCUGCAGCGCCGCGCGGCCGCCAGGCAGCACGCGCUGCUCGAGAGCGUUUGCAGGCAUGAAUAUCUAGCUGAAAGCUCAGAACUGGAGGACUGGAUAAAGGAACAGUACGCGGCUGCGUCCAGCGAGGACUACGGACAAGAUUACGAGCAUUUACUGAUCCUGCGGUCGAAGUUCGAGGAGCUCCGUCACCGUGUGGAGAGUGGAGCAGAAAGGUUCAACCAAUGUGAGGAGUUGGCCAAGAAAUUGCUGGCUUCGGACAGCCCGCACAUUGCUGACAUCGAGCGGAGACAGGAGGCGUUGGGUGAAUCAUGGCAAAAACUAGUUGAUCAAAUCACCGGUCGUUCCUCCCGGCUCCACGCGGCCGGCGAGAUCCAUCGCUUCCACCGCGACGUGGCCGAGCUACUGUCCCGCGCCGCAGAGAAACGCGAACUGUUAGCGGACACGGCGCCGUCCCGCGACCUCGCAGCCGCAAAGGCUGCGUUGAGGAGGCACGACAACCUCGACGCUGAGCUGUUGGCUAUCGAUGCCCAAGUGCAGGUGUUACAAGAAGAAGGCACGCGCCUGCAAAAGCUGUACCCGGGAGGCAACGUGCAACAGAUAUCGCUGCAGCAGCGGGCGCUGGCGGACGCGUGGGCCGCACUGCGCGCCGCCGCCGACCUCCGCCGGCUGCGGCUGCGGCAGCAGCUGGAUCUGCACCACUUCCUCACACAGGUGCGCGACCUGGUGAGCUGGUCGUCGUCGCUGCGCGCGGGCAUGUCGCUCGCGGCGGACGAGGCGGCGGCGGCGCGCGCGCAGCACGCGGCCGCGCGCGCGGAGCUGGACGCGCGCGAGGACAGCUUCCGCGCUGCGCUCGACUUCGGCGACGCGCUCCGCGCUGACGAUCAUCCGCAGAAAGAGUUGAUACAAGAGAAAUGCGAAGCGUUGGUCUCUGAGCACGCUUCGCUGCAGCGCGCGUGGGCGUCGCGGCUGGUGGCGCUGGACCAGCUCAUAGACCUGCGCUGCUUCCUGCGCGACGCGGCGCUGCUGCACGACCUCAGCGCCGCGCAGGAGGCCGCACUAGGUACGGAGAUUUCUCCUAUGCUGAGCGUGGAAGAAGUUGAUAACCUGUUGAAGAAGCAGGAAGCAUUCGAGAAACUUCUCGCCACUCAAGACGAGAAACUGGCAACACUCAACAGCCACGGCGACAAGCUGCUGCAACAGAACCACGUGGAGAGCCAACACAUCGCUGACGAGCUGAGGCUUGUCAACGAGCGGAGACUCAAGUUGUACGAGAUGGCCGCUCGCCGGCGAUCGUUGCUCGCGCGCACGCGCGCCCGCGCGCAGUUCGCGCGCGACGCGGCCGAAGCGCGGGGAUGGGUCGCCGACAAGCUGGCCAAGUUACAAACCGACCAGCAAAACGCCACCGAAGUGACAGACCUGGACGACAAGAUGAAGAAGCUGCAGAAGCACCAAGCGUUCACCGCUGAGCUGGCGGCCAACCGCGCGCGACUGGCAGAAGUGGCAGAACUGGCAGCAGAGUUGCGACCUGAUGAGGAAGUGGAGAAAGAAUUGGCAGCUUUGCAGGCUGAUUGGCAGAGGUUGGAGCAGGCGACGGAGCAGAGAGGUCGCGGUCUAGAAGAAGCCCAAGACAUUUUGGAGUUCAACCAGCACCUGGACAAGAUUGAGGCCUGGAUCAGAGACAAGGAGAUGAUGGUGCAAGCGCACGAGCUGGGCCGCGACUACGAGCACUGCAGCGCCCUCUUGCGGAAACUCGACGACCUCGACAGUGACAUGAAGGUGGACGACCGUCACGUCAAGAGCAUAUGCGCUCUGGCCGACAAACUGCUGCAGUUGGGUCCGACCCAGCAGGCGGCCGCAGUGGAGUCCCGCCGCGCCCAGUUCGUCAGGAAGUGGUCCGCACUGACCGGGGACCUGCAGCAGUACAGGGACAAAUUGAACGCGGCGCUCGUACUACACUCCUUCAACAGAGACGUGGAGGAAACAGCCGAGCGCAUAUCACAGAAGGCGGCUCUGUUCAGCAGCACUGAGAAGGGACGCGACCUGAGAGCUGCGCAGGAGUUGCAGCGGAAACACGCGGCCCGAGUGGCCGAGACUCAAGCCGUAGCCGACAAGAUUGCCUCGCUCGAGGUGGAUGGCAAGAAACUUGCAAACAGCCAUCCAGAGAAAGCAGAAGACAUAGACAACUCUCUCUCCAGCCUCCGCGAUGACUGGCGGCGACUCCAGCAGCUGUCGGAGAAGAGAUCGGAGCUGCUCCAGUGCGCUGUUGUCGAUCACAAGUUUGACGAUAGCUUGAAAGAGCUCGAGUUAUGGGUUCUGGAAGCAGUCAAGCGUAUGUCGCGCUCCGAGGCGGCGGAGAGCGUCGCCCAAGCGGAGAUGGCGCUCGCGUCGCACGACGAAGUGCGCGCGGAGUGCGACGGCAAAAUCAAGAUGGCCGACGAUUUGAGGAAGGACACUAAAAACCCGGAGAAGCUGAAGCGGCUCGAUGAUCUGAAGAAGCAACUGGAGAACGCCUGGGAAGAGAGGAAGAAGUAUUUGACGCAGGCGCACCAGCUGCAACUGCUGAAGGAGCAAGUGAGACAGACAGAGGACUGGCUCGCGGCCAAAGAGGCGUUCUUGAACAACGACGACCUUGGCGAAGACCUCAACGCGGUGGACACCCUGAUCCGCAAACACAACGAGUUCACCAAACUACUAGACAGCCAACUCGGCCGAGUGGAGGAAGUGUCUAACUUCGCAGCUCGCAUGCUGCACGACCGACACAGCGACGACUACAUCCUCAGCAAGAACAAUGAGCUGCUGGCCAGGAGGGACAAGCUGAAGGAGUCGUGUGCGGCCCGAGGCGAGCUGCUGCAGCAGUCGCGGCAGCUGCAGCAGUUCCUGCAGAACCUCAACCACGAGCGCGAGUGGAUCGCGCUCAAAACAGAAAUCGCCCACGACCAGAACUAUAGGGACCUGUCGAACCUGCAGAGCAAGAUCCAAAGGCACUCUGCAUUCGAGUCGGAGCUGGCUGCCAGCAAAGGACGGAUAGACGAUGUUGUCGGACAGGGAGAGGCGCUCAUUGAAGCGAAUCACUACGCGUCUCAGGAGAUCACGGAACACGUGGAAGAUCUUGAAAACCUGUGGAGGGAGUUGCAGUCAGCAACAAAACUUCGCCGCGAGAGGUUACAGGAAGCGUACCAAGCUCGGGUGUACCUUCGAGGUUUGGACGAUUUCGUGGCCUGGAUGGACGAGGUCGAGUCGCAGCUGCUGAGCGAAGACCAUGGCAAACAUCUAGCAUCAGUGACUGUGUUGCUGAAGCGUCACGCGCGUCUAGAACAGCAGGCGGCGAGCAAGGCAGAUACCGCGACACAACUCGCGGACAACGCGAGGCAACUCGCCGACAGCGGACACUUUAUGGCCGAUGAGAUAUUAGCACGAGCCGAUGUCGUUAAACGAUACCGGCACAUCCAGGAGUCGCUGCAGAUCCGCCGCGACAAUCUAGAAGACGCCGCUCUGCUCCACAGCUGGGAGAGGGACGCCGAUGAGGAGGCACGCUGGCUGGAAGAACGCGAGGCGGCCGUGUCUUCAGACGAUUGUGGCUCGAAUCUGGCCGAUGCGCAGGCGCUGCUCAAGAAGCAUCUAGCUCUAGAGGCCCAACUUAUUGCCAGAGAGCCAAUGAUAAACGCGCUAGUCGGUCGAGCGACACAGCUGUGUUCCCGCGGCCACUUCGCCGCUGCAGCGCUCGAGCAGCGCUCGCGGACGCUGAGUCAAGCGCUGAAGUCGCUAGUCGACGCAGCGGCCAAUAGAACUGCGAGAAUCAGGCGCAGAUGUGAAUUAUUACAGCUCACGUCAGAAAUAUCGGAAGCGGAAGCGUGGUUGGCGGAGCGUCGUCCGGCCGUCGUGAGCGCGGACGUGGGGCGCGGCGAGGACUCGGCGCUGGCGCUGGCGCGGCGGCUGGAGGCCGCGCAGCGGGAGCUGGCCGCCUUCGAGCCUCUCUACACCAAGCUCGAGGCCGCGGCCAAGGCUGGGAUGGACCGUUUAAACGACGCAGCGGACAAGGAGCUGCUGCAACAGCGGAUGCAGCAGCUGCAGCAGUCGUACGAGGAGAUGAAGCUGCUGUCGGCCAAGCGCCAGCUGAGGCUGCAGCACAGCUUGAAGUACUUCAAAUUCGUGCAGGAGUGCGAGGAGGUGCAGGAGUGGAUCGGCGAACAGAUGUCGACGGCCGCCAGCGAGGAGUACGGCCAGGACGUGGAGCACGUGGAGACGCUGCAGCAGGCCUUCGACAACUUCCUCGCGCAGCUGCACGCUAACGAGGGCAGAAUCGAGUGCGUGUGCGAGAACGGAAAUGCACUGAUCGAACAGAACGCACCGGAAGCUGACAGAGUGAGACAGAGAGUAGAAGACAUCAAGGGGCUGUGGGAUGACUUGAAGGAGCUAGCCCUCGCCAGGCAGGAGGCUUUGGCCGGAGCCCGCAAAGUGCACGAGUUCGACCGCUCGGCGGACGAGACGGGCGCGUGGAUAGCGGAGAAGCACUCGGCGCUGCGCAGCGAAGCGACGCCCGCGCGCGCGCUGCACGCGCUGCACGCGCAGCAGCGACGUCUGCACGCGCUGCGCGCCGACCUGGAGGCUAUCCGGGCCGCGCAUCUCAAUCUGCAGAAGGAGGCUGAAAGACUCGGUGAGGCGUUCCCGGACGCGCGUGAGCACGUGAGCUCCAAGCUGGAGGACGUCAGCGACGCGCUGGCGGCGCUGGCUGCGCGUGCGCAACACUGCGACCAGCAGCUGGCGCUCGCCGGCCAGCUGCAGGCCUACUUCCCGCAGUACCAGGAGCUGCUCGCUUGGAUCAACGAGACGCUCGCGCGCGUGACCGCGCCGGAGCUGGUGCGCGACGUGUCGGCGGCGGAGCGGCUGCUGGCGCGGCACCGCGACAUCAAGGCCGAGAUCGAGGCUAAGGAAGACGCCUUCCGCACGCUGCAGGCUGAUGGCGAGAAGCUGAUCCGCGAAGGUCACUUCAUGUCGGAGGAGAUCGGCGAGCGCACGACGACGCUGCGCGCGCGGCGCGCGACGCUGGACGCGGCGUGGCGCGCGCGCGAGCGCAUCUACGUGCAGCAUCUCGACGCGCUCGUGUUCCGCAGGGACGCCGACGCGCUCGACGACUGGAUUUCCAACAGGGUGCCGCUGGUCCGCGAGGAAAAGUAUGGCGAGAGCGUGGCCCAGGUGGAGCAGCUGAUCAACAAACACCGCGAACUCGAGCAAACCAUUGACUCGCACAAGGACAAAUUCAACGCGCUCAAGAGAAUCACCCUGGUGGAGCAAGCGUUCAAGCAGCAGCAAGAGUCGGAGGCGGCCUCGCGCCGCGCCAGCGCCUCGCGCCUCGAGGCCGAGCGCCUGCGCGAGGCGCGGCAGCGCGAGGUGCAGCGCAUCGAGGAGCAGAGGCGGCGGGAACACACUGAGACGGAGCCCGUGCAGCAGCCUCCGUCGCCGGCGCUGGCGGAGACGCUGUCGCCGGCGCCGCAGUUCGACCGGCUGCCCAAACACGAGGCCGUCCUCUCCGGACACGUCAAACGUGCCGAGAGCAUGAGCGUGGUGAAAACGCCAAAACGCACGCCGUCAUUCACAACUCGCCGACGUACGCAGAGUUUCCGCCGACACCGCGCCGACAUCGCCGACUUGCCGCCAGUCGAGAUUGAAGGCUACCUGGAGCGCAAGCAGGAGACGGGCGUGGGCGGCAAGCGAGCCACAGUCCGCUCGUGGCGCUCGUACUACUCGGUGCUGUGCGGGCAGCUGCUGUGCUUCUUCCGGGACGAGAUCGACUUCGCCAGCGCCAAGGCCGCCGCGCCGCCCGUCGCCACGCUCAACGCGCGAUGCGAACCAGCCAGCGACUACACGAAACGGGCCAACGUAUUCAGAUUGGCCUGCGUCGACGGCGCGGAGUACCUGUUCCUGUGUCCCAGCAAGGAGCUCAUGCACGAAUGGGUCGCCAAGCUGUCCUUCCACGCGCAGCUGCCGCCGGAGCUGCAGCUGACACCGUACUCCGCCGCGGACUCGCCCACGGCCGAGCUGAAGCGGCGGCUGCACGAGAAUGCAGCGUCGUCGUCAUCGGCUGCGUCGACGCCGUCCCCGCAGCCCAAGCCGCGGUCGCAAGCUGACAUCUUGCAAAGCCACAGAAACAACCAACGCGCAAGCGCACCUCCCACCGCGGACGCUAACAGCAACACAGCAACGGAGGGCGCCCCCCCGCUUCCCCUCUCCGGCCCCCCGGAGCGCCCCCCCGCCGUCCCGGAGCGCAACGCGCGCGAACACAGACCGGAAAUACCCGAACGCAAACCCGAAUGGGCCGAGAAGUCGGUCACGGCCCUCGUCAGCAGCUACCAGCAGAGAAUGGUCGGACAUGACCCCAAUAGGAACAGUCACGAUCGACAGAACAACUGGCAGACGGACACACACGUCUACGGCUCGAGCGACGUAUACCGCGACAACGCCAACUGGUCCGGCUCGGCGGGGGAGGGCGGGGUCUCCCCGGCCUUCGACCAGCGACCCGCCUCCAGGUCGUCCGGAGAAUCAGAUCUCUCCGUGAGUGGUAUCCCCAGGGAGAAGAAAGACAAGAAGAAGAUAUUCGGAGGUCUGUUCAGUCGUAAGAAGAGACCGCAGAGUCACAGUUAGGGCGCGAACCACACAUGCCAUUAGCUUGCACACUCGCCUAACCCAGACAAACACGGGGACUCGAAAACCAUAAUAAGUGUAAUAUAUUCGUAAGCGUUACAAAUUGAUAUUCGUAAGUGUUACACAUUGAUAUGUGUAACUCAUUCAUAAGUGUAACAAACUCUUAUUUACAUUAAUUUAAAGUUACAGAAUUAUUUCUGUAACUAUAAUUAAUGGUGUUUAAAUCUAUUUUACUCCUAACACUUAUGAAAAUGUAACAUAUACACGUUUCUAUUUGAACUUGUUUAUGUAUUUUUAACAUUUAUUUAUGCAUGUGUACGUACACAAAUAUACAUAGUGAUUCAAAUUUGAAACUUAUUGCCUGUAACAGAUAUUACAUAAAUAUAUUUAAUUGAAAACAGAUUGAAAGUGUUACCGUUUGUGUAACACUUUUUUACCAGUCAAAGAAACUAACGAAAAAAAGCACUCCAUUCGGAUAGAUCUAAAGUGUUCUGGCAUGCCAGCUACUGGCAUGUCUCACUGGCGCACGCCAGCUUAUCGCCCGUGUUGCCAGCAUGUAUUAUUGCCUUAGUCAUUUUCUAAAAGCUACUUGAUAUUAAAGAUGUGUCCGACCGAUUGUCUAUGGUGUGAUUUGCAGUCUCGAAACAGAUUACAAAUAUUUCGAAAUAUAAAAAAAGUAUUUUAAGCGCUGUCACCAAGGUGACAUAGACAUUAUUGAUAUAAAAAAAAAAUUGGUUCGGUGAAUAUUGGGUGUGGAUAUUAAAAUUUUACAUUCGGUCGGUCAUUAAAUAUUUUUAGUCUUAAGUACCUCAAAAAAGGUGAAAUGGAAACCUUAUUUUUGUUAAAUCACUAAAAUGUUGCGACAUAUGUGAUUAUAUUUACAAGUUACAUAUAAACUUGCAUAAUUAUAUCAAUUAAUUAGGACCUAUUGUCCGAAGAGACCUUUUAUUUUAGUAAUAAGCAUAAAAUUUCCGAAAUGUUUGAUGUAAUUCUCAAAAAGGAUAUAGAUUUCAUUAAGUGGAACGCGCCCUUAUUUUUCGCGCCUGUUUUUGCAUUUUGAUUAGUGUAUGUGCGAGUGUUAAGUAGACGGACUCGCACUGAUCAGUGCCAGUCUAGAUUGUGCACUCGCACUUAACACUGAUCAAAUGCGAAUCGGAUUUAACAUUGAAUUUUUCACAAACAAUCAAAUAUAAUUCGUGACCAACGAGCGCGGAUUUAGGCAUAAUCGAGCUAAGGAGUGACAACCCAGUCAAAGAAAUAUACAAUAUAUAAAAUGGAUCAAGUCUGAAUGAGCAUAAUAAGCUGGCAACCCUACACAUAGGGUUGUCACAAGUAUAUACGUGACUAUCACCGUACUUGGCCGAAAAAAUUAAACUCUUUUUGUUAACAUAUAAAAAGUAAAACACUAAUUUAUUACCCUAGAUAUGGUUUCGUCUUUUUGGAUUCAUGAUCACGCUCAGUAAUAUUAUUUCCCAUCAAUGGAGCUAUUAAAUUGUGAAAUUUAUAACAAUAUAUAUAUAUAUAUGAAUAACAUUUUAUUUAAAGGUAUAAGAUUUUCCAGCAUUUCCAGCUUAGAAUUCCAUUGAUAAAAGGUCGUCCUAUAGAUUGGGAAUCUACUUUAGCCGGUCAGAAAAACUUUUACCUCAAUGGAAUGGAAAGUGAAAGCCAAUGUAAUUGUCAUUACCUUUAUUGUCAUACCAAAAUUGUCAUUUAGUACCCUUAUUCCAUUGACAUAAAAGUUGUUUUCGACCGGCUAAAGCGGAAUACUCGUCGAUAAGUGUGGGCACUACUUUACAUGCCUCUUCUUUAAAACUAUUAAAAGCAUCAGAAGUAUCAGAGCAUUCGAGCUUAAUUUUCUACAGUAUCUUCGUAGCCAGCGACGUCAUUCAUUUUAUAAUAUUAAUAUGACUGGGUUCAGAGAUUAAUAUACUUUUUAAGGUAUUGUUUGAUAUUGUGUAUUGUUGUUUUACAGUACUUAGUUGUUAAGUUGUUCAGAUACAUGUAUUGUUUUCAGUGUAAUGUAAAAAAAUAUGUUUUUAUGAAACAUAUUCUCAAAUGCUAUUAUUACCUAAGUAUAUUGUUUUAGUAUUUGACAACCCUAUAUCAGUAGAUCGAAAAUGGGACCCACAUUUUUAUUUUUUAUUUUUACUAGUAUUAAAGUUUUAAAAAUAUACACAUUUUACAUCGUAAUUGUUAUAUUUUGUGCAACUGUAGUAACUGCAUAUUAUAUAUUUAUAUUAGUACUUUAUGUUACUGUAAAGAUCUGGGGUUGGAUAUUCUAAUAUAUUUCAGGGAAAAAAAAAACAACAUUUUUUAUCUAUGUCAUCAGAGAUUAUCAAAAUUUAAACUUAACGUAAAUAAAAAUAUUUAACACUCUCAAAGCGACAAUUCACAUCAGUUGCCGAAACAUAGUGAAUCAUAACUAAUAUUAUAAAUGAGAAAGUAUGUUUGUUUGUUACCUCUUCACGCUUUAUCUGCUCAACCAAUCGUCUUGAUGAUGGUAUUCCCGUGGGAAAAUCACGCGGGCGAGCCGCGGGCAAAAGCUAGACAAAUAGGGAUGUGCGACACUUUAGCAGUGGUGUUUGGUCGGAUAUAUCCGACGUUCGCGGUAACCUAACUCAGAUUUUACAGUAACAAUAAUAGUACAUAAUUUUGUUGUAUAUCAUGCUUCGUAAUCACGUUAUAUUUUAUUAAAUGUGCGUGUAUUCGUAUGGUUUACUUUGUAUUUGCUAAUAAUUGUGCUAUAGACGUAAAACUAGUCGAAUGUUUCGACUUUCUUUGUCUUGUUUCAUAUAUUUUUAAAUAAAAGAGUAUUAUGCUGUUUACACGUUGCAUUGGUGAAUACAAAAGAAAACAUUUUAUAUUAGUUAUAAGAGAUAAUACUGUAUUACAUUCAUAAAACAUUCGUUAGGCCAUUGGGACCAAAUAUGCAUUUUUUGAAAAUAUAGUUUUAUUGCCAA